UGCGCCACCGGCGGCUGCCUUUCUCACUGCUCCCGCUCGCGUUGCCCUCUCGCCGCGCGUGGGCUCUGCAGCCCCUGUCGACCGACCGCGGCCUCGACCCCGCAGCCUCCCUGGCUCCAGCGUGGGGCGCUCGCCUGUGUCCCCCACAGAUCUGGCCGGGGCGCCCAACUUUGCCACCUCGUCCGUCACUCUUGCUAGGUGGGAAACUGUCCACCCUACGUGCGUGCGGGGACUCGAGCAGGUCCCCAGCUCGGCGCGCGGCGAGCGGGGGAAGCUGCCCCAGGAAGCUGCGGGGAGAAGUGGUGGUCGCUGCCUCGACAUCCCUAGAGAGGCGCUAAAGGGGAUCCUCCAGGCCGCUGCGCGCUGGAUGCCUGACACGAGGAGCGCGCCCCGCACCUGGCACUUUUCCCACAUGAGGGGAGGACCAGCUUUGUAGAAGACAAGUGCCUGGAGCCGGAGACCCCUUGCCCACCAUGAAGGCAGCGUGCGUCCUCGCAUGGCUGCUCUCCAGCCUGGGGCUGUGCACACUUGCCCGGCUGGAGGCGGAGGGUCCGCAGUGCCAGAGAGCGGAGCACCCCAUCAUCUCCUACAAAGAAAUUGGCCCCUGGUUGCGGGAGUUCAGAGCGAAGAAUGCUGUGGAUUUCUCGCAGUUAACAUUUGACCCAGGACAGAAAGAGCUUGUGGUAGGAGCCAGAAAUUACCUCUUCAGAUUGCAGCUGGAGGAUCUGUCUCUCAUCCAGGCUGUGCAGUGGGAGUGUGACGAGGUGACCAAGAAGGCCUGCUUCAGCAAGGGCAAAUCGAAGGAGGAGUGUCAGAACUACAUCCGGGUGCUGCUGGUGGGUGGUAACCGGUUAUUCACCUGUGGGACCAACGCUUUCACACCCGUGUGCACCAUCCGCUCGCUGAGUAACCUGACCGAGAUCCACGAUCAGAUCAGUGGCAUGGCCCGCUGUCCCUACAGUCCCCAGCACAAUUCCACAGCCCUCCUCACAGCCAGUGGGGAGCUGUACGCGGCCACAGCCAUGGACUUCCCGGGGCGAGAUCCUGCGAUUUACCGAAGCCUGGGCCUUUUGCCACCACUCCGCACUGCACAGUACAACUCCAAGUGGCUGAACGAACCCAAUUUCGUGUCCUCCUAUGACAUCGGGAACUUCACCUACUUCUUCUUCCGAGAAAAUGCUGUGGAGCAUGACUGCGGGAAGACAGUGUUCUCCAGGGCUGCUCGGGUCUGCAAGAACGACAUUGGGGGACGCUUCCUCCUGGAGGACACCUGGACCACCUUCAUGAAGGCGCGUCUGAACUGCUCCCGGCCCGGGGAGGUCCCCUUCUACUACCACGAGCUGCAGAGCACGUUCUUCCUGCCCGAGCUGGACCUGAUCUACGGCAUCUUCACCACCAACGUGAACAGCAUCGCCGCCUCGGCUGUGUGUAUCUUCAACCUGAGCGCCAUCUCGCAGGCCUUCAACGGGCCCUUCAAGUUCCAGGAGAACUCCCGCUCGGCCUGGCUGCCUUAUCCCAACCCCAACCCCAACUUCCAGUGCGGCACCGUGGACCAGGGCCUGUACGUGAACCUGACCGAGCGGAACCUGCAGGACGCCCAGAAGUUCAUCCUGAUGCAUGAGGUGGUGCAGCCGGUCACCACGGCGCCCGCCUUCCUGGAGGACAACAGCCGCUUCUCCCACGUGGUGGUGGACGUGGUGCAGGGCAGAGACAUGCUGGUCCACAUCAUGUACCUGGCCACAGAUUAUGGUACCAUUAAGAAAGUACGGGCCCCCCUGAACCAGACAUCAGGCAGCUGUUUGCUGGAAGAAAUCGAGCUCUUCCCGGAGAGGAGGAGCGAGCCCAUCCGGAGCCUGCAGAUCCUCCACAGCCAGAGCGUCCUGUUUGUGGGUCUCCAGGAGCACGUAGUCAAGAUCCCCCUGAAGCGGUGCCAGUUCUACCACACGCGCAGCACCUGCAUCGGGGCCCAGGACCCUUACUGUGGCUGGGACGUCGUGAUGAACAAGUGCACCAGCCUGGAGGAGAGCCUCAGCAUGACGCAGUGGGAGCAGAGCCUCUCCACCUGCCCGACCAGGAAUCUCACUGUUGAUGGACGCUUUGGCCCCUGGUCACCGUGGACGCCUUGCACGCACACAGAUGGCAGUGCCGUGGGAUCCUGCCUCUGUCGGUCCCGCUCCUGUGACAGCCCUGCCCCACAGUGUGGUGGCUGGCAGUGCGAGGGCCCCAGCAUGGAGAUCGCCAACUGCUCCAGGAAUGGAGGCUGGACCCCCUGGACCUCCUGGUCACCCUGCAGCACAACAUGUGGCAUUGGCUUCCAGGUGCGGCAGCGGUCCUGCAGCAACCCCACGCCGAGGCACGGGGGCCGCGUGUGCGUGGGCCAGAACCGCGAGGAAAGGUACUGCAAUGAACAUCUGCUCUGUCCCCCGCACGUGUUCUGGACGGGCUGGGGGCCUUGGGAAAGGUGCACUGCCCAGUGUGGGGGUGGCAUUCAGGCUCGCCGAAGGACCUGUGAGAACGGACCGGACUGCGCAGGCUGCAACGUGGAAUACCAGCCCUGUAACACCAACGCGUGUCCCGAGCUGAAGAAGACCACGCCCUGGACUCCAUGGACGCCGGUCAACAUCUCUGACAAUGGUGGCCACUAUGAGCAGCGGUUCCGGUACACCUGCAAGGCCCGCCUGCCGGACCCCAACCUGCUGGAAGUGGGGAGGCAGAGAAUUGAGAUGCGCUACUGUUCCAGUGAUGGAACCAGCGGCUGCUCCACAGAUGGACUUUCCGGGGACUUCCUGCGUGCAGGGAGGUACUCGGCCCACACCGUCAACGGGGCGUGGUCAGCCUGGACAUCCUGGUCCCAGUGCAGCCGAGACUGCAGCAGGGGCAUCCGGAGCCGGAAGCGCGUUUGCAACAACCCGGAGCCCAAGUUCGGCGGGCUGCCGUGCCUGGGCCCGUCCCUGGAGUACCAGGAGUGCAACAUCUUGCCCUGCCCAGUGGACGGUAUGUGGUCUUGCUGGUCAUCCUGGUCACAGUGCUCGGCAACCUGCGGUGGUGGACACUACAUGCGGACGCGCUCAUGCACAAACCCCGCCCCCGCCUAUGGAGGGGACAUCUGCCUGGGGCUGCACACCGAAGAGGCUCUCUGCAACACCCAGCCCUGCCCAGAGAGCUGGUCAGAGUGGUCCGAAUGGUCUGCAUGCGACCCAUCUGGUGUCCAGAUCCGUGUCCGCCAGUGCAUCCUCCUGUUCCCGGUGGGCAGCCAGUGUUCCGGGAACCACACCGAGAGCCGGCCGUGCGUUUUUGACUCCAACUUCAUCCCAGAAGUAUCUGUGGCAAGAUCCAGCAGUGUAGAAGAGAAAAGAUGUGGAGAGUUCAACAUGUUCCACAUGAUCGCCGUGGGCCUGAGCAGCUCCAUCCUUGGCUGCCUCCUCACCCUGCUGGUCUACACCUACUGCCAGCGCUACCAGCAGCAAUCCCACGACGCCACUGUCAUCCACCCUGUGUCACCCGCCCCUCUCAACACCAGCGUAACCAACCACAUCAACAAACUGGACAAGUACGACUCCGUGGAGGCCAUCAAGGCAUUUAACAAAAACAACCUGAUCCUGGAGGAAAGGAACAAAUACUUCAACCCCCAUCUCACUGGGAAGACCUACUCUAAUGCCUACUUUACGGAUCUGAAUAAUUAUGAUGAGUACUAAUAGCUCUUGUGGUUUUGGCUUCUUGUAAAUCCUCAGUUCCUCAAUGCCUGUGCUCCAUGACUUCCAUGUUCCUGAGGCUUCUGGGAGGAAGUUUGGGUCUAUUUCAAGUGCAUUUCAAGCCAAGAGUGGCCCGAUGCUGCCCCGAAUACACAUCCUUAAAAGUCACAGAAAACUAAACACAACACAGUGAAAAUCUGGUCUGCAGAAAACCCUUGAUCGUGGUUACAUGAGCCAUGAUGUGAAGUUUUUUCUUUUUUUUUUUUUAAUUAUGUUUAGCUAAUUUCUCCGAGUCCAUUGUUUCAUGAGCUUUGUUUUAUGUGUGUGCCACCCACAUUGGAAGGAGUCUAAGAAAUACAAAUUUCUUCUUACUGUUGAGCAUAGGUCUUCAUGAUGUUUUAAUUCAAGAAAUAAGUACCUUAUCUGAGAGCUGCCCUAUUAGAAGGCCCAUAUUAUCUGAUGAAAUGAAGAAAUGAAUUUCGCCAUGGGUCUCCUAAUUUUCACGAUCUGGAACAGACUCUGGGUCCUCGGAAGCAGCUGUGUUUGGACCUGAAAGCUUCUGGGGAAGCCCAACGACUCCACCCACCCUGCCCCUACCCAUGCAGUGGUCAGCUGGGAUGCCCAGCAGGGUCUGGACGCUGUGACUGCUCCACCAUGGAUGGGCACACAGAGCAGAGGCACAGAUACAGGGACACGGGGCAGCCUCUGCAGUGGACUAUGAACCAGCCUUACUCUGACCUCCGGAUGGUGCUGACCUGAAUCCCCGUCAUGUCCCGCAGAGCAGCCUGAGGAUAACCAUUGUCAGCAGGUGGACUGGCCACACCUCCUCCUCACCCUGCACACUGCUAGUGCCAGUUAGGGAAAGUCUUGAGGGUUCAGGUCCAGACCUGAAAAUAACUUUCGGUUUCCCCCGUAUUUUUCAGCGUAUCGGGAGAAAUGAUGCUUAGCGGCAAGCAUCCUUUUGUUCCCGGCUCCCUAAUAGAAGUAAUGCAUGGCGUUGGGCCCCAGCGAGAACAGUAAAGAUGGGCAAAGCUGGCUCUGGACCUGCCCUGGUGCACACGGAGGUGACACCCGGGACCAGGCUGCCGCUUGCAGCCCCCAGGCCAGCAGGAGGGGAUGUUCGGCUCCAUGCCUUUUCUUUAUCUCAGAGCAGUCUCCCUGCCCACUGGUCCCCCACCAUUGCUGCUCCCUGCACCGAGGCAAGGGUCAGGAAGGCAAGCGAGGGAGGGAGGGCUCUGACCAUCCGGUGGUCUCAGCCACCAUGGCUGAUUAGCAUUUCCAGGUGUUAUAAGACCAUUGGUAGAAGUCUCCAGAAAAUAAAAGAUACAUUACCCCCAGGAAUGGAUCCAGAUAGCACAUGGCAGUUGGUAGAAUAACUAUCAAAAAUAAGAACAAAAUUGAAACAGGUCAUCUGAUGCUUCUGGGCAUUAUGAUAGAGGCCUGAGCAGAUAUCAGUCCAUGUACUCACUGAGAGAGGAACAUUUAGGUUUAUAAAAGUGUACAGUAGGGGUAGUGAGGAAGAUAGUUAUUAGCCUAUGUGUUUUUCUCUUACCAGUUUAAAACAGCAGGCUCAGAGAGUGGUGGAAAGAUCUUACAGUUAAUAAACAAUGAAUCUGAGUUGUAAAUAUCCUGAAACACCUAAGCUGACAGCAGUGGCCCUUCAGUGAAACCCACUGUUCUGUGACCUGGUGCUCGGGCUCCAGAGAUGGGUUGGAUGAUGAAGGGAAGUACGAGGAUUUUCCCGUGAGACCUGUGGCCUUGCACGCCCCUUGUGGAUGUUGUGUAAGCAUCCUCUGUUGACCGCGCUGCCCUGGCAUCCACUCAGUAGAGGAAGCAGAGCAGGCUUCCUGAUUGUGUCCAGGUCAGAUUUUCGCUGGCUAAUUUGAUUCAUCUCUUUAGGAAAAAGAAAUCCUCACUGUAGCACAUCUUAGCUCUUUUUCUUUUAAUCGCCCUCUCCUAAGUGUUUUUGAAGCUUAAGAGGUCAUUUUGUCUCCCCUAAGAAGGUGGACACUUUUAUGAACUUGUGCCUGGACAAGUGAAAUGCUUUCUAAAUGGCAUCCAGGCUGGUCUGUAAGGAAUGCUAUGCCCUAAUCAGGAAAAACACUCUCCUUCCACCUGAUGUUUUGAAUCAUGCAAGCCUUCAAGAUUAGCACUGAAAAAACCGUCUCUCACCCUUUGCUCCCUGACACUCUAUUCAAAGGAGAGCUCCCCUCUCAACCUCUUUGUUUUAACCGAAAAACACUUCCUUCAGAAUAAUCCGAGCUAUGCUGCAGGGAAUCCAGCCUUCUGUGGCAUAAGCACGCCCGCGUUCCCACAGCUGUGCUGCUGUCGCUGCUGUCACGCAUGGGCCCUGUGUGUGCUUUCCCUCGAGCCCUGAGCCUCGGGGCGGCUCGUGCAGUGGUGUCCACUGCCUGCAGCACUGCCUCCUUCGGGGAGCAGCUCUUCUUCAGGCUGCAGCUCUUAAGUCUAGGAUUUCUGCUGAAACUGUGCAUCAAGAUCUAAAUUCCCAACAUCUCCUUCCUCCCUUCCUUCCUUCCUACUUUCCUCCAUGUGUGUUUAUGCGUGUGUGAGACAGUGUAUGUGUUUAAGCAGCACAGAUAGAGACAUAUUUUUAAGCUGCACAUGUUUGAACCUCUUGUCAAAUGACAUUUAUCACAAUUUAAUUUCUAGGUCUGUUUCCUGGUACACUUGAAAUUUGGCUGAUUUUCAAUAUGAAAUUGACUUUAGUCACACAAUGCUAUUGAGGGCCCUUUCUCUGAAGUACUUGAAUCACCAUUGUUCCUAGAAGACACCUACAUUCUGUGAAAGGGAUAGCAGAAUCCCUGUGGGGGCACAGUGGAUUCUUCUUAAAUACCUCAGGACUUUGGUGACACUGGGCUUUGUCAUCUCUCAGUGAUAUAACUCAUGAGUUCUAAGGAGCUUUAGUGCUGGGUGAGACCCAGCUACACAGAAAAGCCACUGUUCCCAGACUCCUGGGCAUUUCCUUCAAAACUUCCCUGAGACACACCGCUAUACUUCCUGACUUUAAAAUUUAAAGGAGGCAACUGAGCUUGCCGGCUGGUUUUAGACUGUAGGCUUGAUCAAGUCCACUGGGGCUGGGAUUAGCCUGGAAGUGGGAAGAGUAGGGUUCCUGUGCAUGUGGCAGCAUAGGUGGAGAUUCUACAGGAACCGAGGAAUUACAGUGAUGGGAAUGAGGCCGUCCCUGCCGGAGAAGCACCUCUGUGCCUGGGAAGGGUCAGUCCACGCGGUCUGGGGUGAACCGUGGAUCUUCUCCCUUUGACUCCUGGGAGGUGCUAGGAAAAAAAAGGAGAAAAUGUGGCAAAUAAUCAGAUAAGAAGAUGGCAAAGAAAAGGAGAAGUGGGUCCCUCAGCAAGGGAAGGAAGAUCAUGGGAGACAAAACCCAUUUCAGUGCAUGUUUGCACCUGAAUCUCUGUAGAAUUAAUGGGGGUCCUUCAGAGGUAUGGGCAAACACUCAGCAAAGGAGACUCCACGUCCCCAACAUGCCACCUAAACAACACUUUGCAGUAUAGUUGAGUAUCACAGGAAAUCUUACCCUAAAAUACGUAACAGUGCAGCAGUGAGGCACAGGCAGUAGGUAUCAGUGUUCACAUCAUUCUCCAAGUGACAAGGUCACAUCUGUCUCCUGGCUGCAGUAAUGAGUUUUCACAAAGUUGUCAAGACAAUAACCCUACAUCAACUCAUGGACGAGUUCUGCCAUGCUCUUUAAUAUGAUCCAUGUUGGAGUUCCCAGAUGCCACUGGCCUGUCCAGCCACCCCUUUAUGCUGACGCUUUUAUUGCAUGGUGCACAGGGAGGGUUGGACUGCCAUCACUUUGCCAAUAUUUGAUUAUUUAUUUUUGCCUGAUAGACCAUCUGUAGUUGCCUAUGGUCAGAUACUAGAAGCCAUGCUAAGCACACUGCCUCUGAGGCAUGAGCAUCAAAUCAAAAUAGUCAAAUAAUUAUUCAUUUCCACCUGAGAAAUGCACAAAAGGAAAUUUUGGGGAUUGCCAUGUAAGGUAAAAUAUGUGAAGCACAGGAAAUGCUCUGGAAUUUAUUUCUGCUGUUCUCCUUUUGUGGUUAUUAGUUAAAUUUUAUUAAUACUGAGCCAAGGUGUUCACACUCAGGUUGUCUGCUUUGAUAACCUGGUAAAGCUAAAUAAUAAAUAUUGCUUUUAUAAUUACCAAUCUUUGGAAAGUUGAAAAAUAGGUAAGAUGUUGGAUUAUUGGCAGCAAUUUCUACAAGAACUUCUUUAUGGGCUUAUAUUAAGAUGCAUUAUUCACAUUUUUUAGCAGAUGGAUCAGAAUUUUUUAUUGUUUUCACAUGUCACAUCAAAAAUGUAGUAUGCAUUACUGAAUCAGAAAUGGAGAUCUUUUCUCUCUUAAAAAUAUAAGUACAGUGCAAUGUGCUUAGAGGUUCAACAAAGCUACUUAUGGAGCCUGGAACUAUUUUUAAAAGAUCUCACUUUGUGAAAGAGCUUUUGCCAAUGGUAGUACCAGCUCUCGCCCAAGCAGCAUGGCUUUACUGUAUGAACACGGUGAAGCUUACUAGCCAAGGAAGCCCCCCAGUUCUGGAAGGAGAAAUGCAGAGGUAGGAAUGUACCCUGUGGCAUUUUUUACACUAAAAUGUAGAGUCAAGCAGGAAAAUUUAUUCCACCCCUAGUAUUUAGUCAGAAAUGUGGGGCCAAUUGUUCAAACAUGAUCCUCUUUUUUUCUCAGUCUUUUGACAAUUUAAUGCCAAGUGGUUCAAAUGUUAGAUAAAUCCAAGUGGAGAGCCAAGCCUGGAUUCUAAAGAAUGGGAAAUAUGCUUCUAUAGCGACGCUCAGAAGAGCAUCGUUAGCUGCCUCUCUGUAAGUGUAGAUAGUUCAUGUUCUUGUAAAAAGUUGCUAGUGCCUUGUUUAAGAUGACACUCGUCAUUACACCUGGAUCUUGUUGGUUCCACUUACAACAGAGAGUUGGUUGGAUGCUCUUGGAAGAAAAUCAUCCUUCCAUGCCUCUUUGAACUCAGGAAUAGAAAAUGGCCAAGAUGCCCUUCAUCUUCAGAUGUGGCCUGGCUCCCACUUGGCAAUGGUAUGUUGAGAAUUAAGGUUAACUUGGUCUCAGGCUCCCACAAACGGACAUCAGUCUAAUUUCUGCAUCCUCCAGAAACACUUCAUGCCUGUUCUGUAAUAGGAAUGUCCGGGUGAUGCCUAUGGGUGUUAGAGGUGCGUUUUUCUGUUCCUCUUCAGCCAAGUCCAAGUCCACAGGCACAGGAAAACUAGACCCAGGCUGCCAACGGUGGAACCGAUGUGGGACCUGUGUGAUGAGAACCACCUACAGAUCAUUGCCUGGUUUAUUUUAUGUUGAAUUCAGUGUCAAAACUGUUUCUCAAAUUUACAAAAGAUGUUACUCUCAGUUUGGAGUUUAAAAAUUAACAUGUUAUCUCUGCUAAUGUUGAUUGCUUCCCCUUGUACCCUGACGGUGUGAUGAACUCAAGCUUGAACUCCUGCACUUUGAAAGAAAGCACAGUAGGAACCUUUUGCUCAAUUAUCCAGUAUUACCACAGCUUUGUCUGCUGAGAACAUGCACAAGCUUGGUCCAGUGUAAGAUUCUUCAAAACUGUGUAACAAAAUUGUGUGUUAUCCCACUUGAUUUAACUUUAAACAUAUUAUGCCUCAUUUUGUGUGCAUUUGCUAUUGCCUGUUUUGUGGUACAAAAUAAAGUCAUUUGGGAUUAUUUACCUUUUUUCACUGAUAAUUCGUCAAAGCCAACUUUAGCCCUCAGUAAACCUGGAAAGAGUUACUAAUCUUAAAAUUAAUUUUAACAUAAUUGAUCCUUAUAUAAUCACAGAGCUUUUUCAAGAAUGACAUCAUUUGGCAUUUCCCUACCUCUGAAUGAGAAAAUGAAAUGUCUGUUCUGUUGUAAUGGGCAUGAGUUGCAGAAUAUUUCUUCAAGGAAUUUUUGGACAUGCCACACUUCUUUUCAAUCCUUCUUACAUUUUCUUCACAUGAUUUCUCUUGAGCUCUUCUUGUCAAACAUAUGCCACAGCAGUUUCUCGUGGUCAUUGCUUUUGUUUUGUGUCUUGUCGACUCAGUGGUGGUCCAUUCCCACUGGCUGUGUGCAGGCUUCGGUCUCACAUGGCUGUGGGAUGAUGACUGAGCGACAUACUGUCUUCAGAAAUCAGUUUAAGGCAGGGAGCUCAUUCUGUCUUGCACUGGAUCAACCAUGGAAGUUCAGGAAAGAGGGCGAGGAGGGGCACGACCCAGCCAGUCAGUGGAGACGAGCUCAACUUUUCCAGCUUCUCCCAGCCUCGCCUCUGGGGAGCACAAACCCAUUUGUGAGAAGAAACUAGCUAGCAUUACAGCAGUGAAAAUGCCUUGCUCUCAGCGCCCUUGCUGACUGCUGACUUCGGUAUCUCCACCUGAUUCGUCUUUUUUGAAACAGCGAACUUCUGAAGAACGGUCCGGAGUGCAGCAGUCCUGCUUUCUGAUCCUCUUCAACCCUAACUGCAAAAAUGGGGGCAGGGCGGUGGGGAGCGGAAGCAAAAUAAAACCCUGAUUGUGUACAGUAUAAAUUGUAUUAUAUUUUUUGUACUUAUGUUUUAUGUAAAUAGUUUGUCUCAUGUAAUUGUAUGUGAGCAUUGAAAUAAAUCCUUCCAUUUAGGAAAAAAAAAA